AUGUCGUCGAUACCAUCAUCUAUGUUGAAUGCUGAUGAUGAUGGCCGGUAUCGUUCUUCAUCGUCUUUGGUUCCUCAACCCUAUAUCUUUUCUCACUCUUUGUCGGAAAACCAAAACCCCCCUCACAAGAAUCAAUCAUUAGAAGACGCUUUUGCUCUUCUCCGUGUCUCUCCCUUCAGUGACCAACCUUUUGAUUUUGUUGGUGAUAAUCGAUCUUCUGAUCAUAUUAAUAGCGCUGUAGGAAUUUCUUCUUCUUAUGGCCAUGGGUUUCACCCUUAUCGAUGCUCCAAUGUUGGGCAAAUUCAUGGGUGGAACAACAUCAGCGGUGCUGCUAUUGAUCGUGACGCAAUGCUAUGGCAGAAUUAUUGGGUAGGGUGUGACAGAGAUAGUGGAAGCUCGAACAGAUUUAGGUCCAGUACUUUUCCAACAUUUAGUGCCAACGGUUCCUCUUCCAGCAAUGACAGGUUUCUUGUUUCUGAGCCUUUUUCGAGUGUGCCACUUUCGAAUGGGGGUGGGGACAAUUUGCAACAAAAAUCCCACUUGCGUUACAGGUCGAACAUUCCGGGGUUUGAUGUGAAUAAUGGAUGGCAUCCACGUUGUUUCAAUGAUUUGCGGGGGAGGGUUCUGUCACUAGCUAAGGAUCAACAUGGAUGUAGGAUUGUGCUUGAAACGAUUAAAAGCUUGACAGCAGAGGAGGUUUCUUUCAUCUUUUUGGAGCUGAUAAAUCAUGUCACUGAGUUGAUGGUCGAUCCCUUUGGGAAUUGUGUUUUUCAGAAGAUGGUGGAAAUCUGCAGUGAAGAACAGCUGAAUCAGAUCAUUUUAAUGGUGACAGAGCAUCGUUUUCAGUUAGUCAGAUUAUGUCUUAGCCCGUAUGGAACCCGAUCAGUGGAGACAUUAUUAGAGCAUGUUGCAACCCAGGAGCAACGAGCUUUAAUUAUGUCAGCUCUAUGCCUCGGUGUUGUUACAUUGGCUAAGGAUGCAAAUGGUCAUCGUGUGAUUCUGCAUUGUCUCAAACAUUUCUCAUCAGAAGAUAAUAAGUCUUGUUUGGGAAAUUCUGAAAGUAGACUUUCAUCACAGGAUCUUCUAAAUGUGGUGGCAAACGACUGUUUUGGGAUGGCAAUAGAUAAGACUGGUUGUUGUGUGCUGCAGCAAUGUAUUAACCUUGCUCAGGGAGAAACCAAAAAUAAGAUGAUUGCAAAUAUCAUAGUAGAUGCUUCAUUCCUAGCACAUAACGAUUACGGCAACUAUGUUUUGCAACAUUUAUUGUCUCUGCAAAUACUAGGGGUUACAGAAUGUCUACUGAUACAGCUUGAGGGACAAUUUUUAUCUCUUGCCUGCAAUAAAUUUGGGAGUAAUGUAGUGGAGAGAUUCUUUUUAUAUUCCGGAGAACAACAUUCAAAACGUAUUAUUUUGGAGUUGCUCUGCAAUCCAAACGUUGCAAUGCUUCUCGUGGAUCCAUUUGGAAACUAUGUGAUCAAAUCUGCACUGUUGGGUGCCAUUAGGAAUGCCCUGCUGAAGCUGGUCCAAUUAAAUGCUCCAAUGAUGCGCAGCAACCGCUUUGGCAAGAAGUUGCUUGCUAGGUUUGACAGGGAGAAAAUACGGCCUAUGUAA